AUGGCUGACGAAUACGACGAAGCCCAAGCGGGUGACGAUGGUGGCAUGACAGGACCUGGAGCUCCCACGCCGCUCACAGCCUUGGAGGGAAUUGCUGGUUUAACAAAACGCGACAUUCAACUCGUCAUGGAUGGCGGAUUUAAUACGGUGGAGUCUGUGGCAUAUACUCCUCGUCGAAUGCUGGAACAAAUAAAAGGCAUUUCGGAACAAAAAGCACAGAAGAUUCUGGGAGAAGCCUCCAAACUUGUUCCCAUGGGGUUCACGACCGCCACCGAGAUGCAUCAGCGACGAAGCGAACUCAUUUCCAUCACAACGGGAUCCAAGAACUUGGACACACUUCUCGCGGGCGGCAUCGAAACUGGCUCAGUCACCGAGUUAUUUGGCGAAUUCAGAACCGGAAAGAGCCAGAUUUGCCACACGUUGGCUGUGACGUGUCAGCUGCCUUUUGACAUGGGCGGUGGUGAGGGCAAGUGUCUGUAUAUUGACACCGAGGGAACUUUUCGACCAGUGCGACUCCUUGCCGUCGCCAACCGCUUUGGGCUAUCUGGAGAGGAGGUUUUAGACAAUGUGGCUUAUGCUCGUGCUUACAACUCUGACCAUCAGCUUCAACUGCUGAAUCAAGCUGCUGCCAUGAUGUGUGAGACCCGGUUCUCAUUGCUCGUCGUUGACAGUGCAACUGCUCUGUAUCGUACAGAUUUCUGUGGUCGUGGAGAGCUAUCCAACCGACAGACACAUUUGGCAAAGUUUAUGCGUACGCUACAGAGAUUGGCUGAUGAGUUCGGAAUUGCUGUGGUGAUCACCAACCAGGUUGUCGCUCAGGUCGACGGUGGACCAAGCUCCAUGUUCAACCCCGACCCAAAGAAGCCCAUCGGUGGCAAUAUUAUUGCCCACGCUAGCACGACUCGUAUCAGCUUGAAGAAGGGACGCGGUGAGACAAGAAUCGCCAAAAUCUAUGAUAGUCCGUGUCUGCCUGAGAGCGAUACGUUGUUUGCUAUCAAUGAGGAUGGUAUUGGCGACCCUGCUCCGAAGGAUAUGGAGAAGGAUUAG